AUGAGUCUCGAACAAAUUUGGCAUGAAUAUAAACAUAACCAUGAUGGUGAUCAUUAUACAGAUAAUGCUUCUGUAGUUUUUGUCCCGACAGCUUCUGGUGCACGAGGUUAUGAUGCUGUUAGACAAUUCUUGGCAAAGGCAUACGAUACUCGUGUGCUCAAAAUAAGUGAAAAAUUGAUUUACUCGACAGUUGGAAAUGAUUCCAUCGUUGAAGAAUCGGAAACUACAAUUCAGUUUGUUAGUGGUGAUGGUUCCUGGGUUGUACCUGGUGUUGACAGUAGAUACACAAUUGAUAACAAAGUUGUCAUUCCAACGGUAACUUCGGCAAAAUUUGAAGGCGAUAGAAUCUCAUCAAUUGUGAUAACUGAUAGACAGGCUGAAUCAUUAACUAAUAUUGCAAAUGCACAUCUCAAUCCAUUUGGUAAAACGGUUCUUAGUGCUGGUUUUCGUGUUAAUCAACCUGGCGGUACUGGUGGCAAAUCUUCAAUCAUUUUCAGCAACGAGACUGAUGAUCCUGUUGUUAGUCGUACCAGAUUCAAUUCAAACAAGAAUGCAUCACAAUUCUCUAUUGGUGAUGACGACGACACUGCUUCCCAAGCUGAUACAUUAUCUGGACAUUCAACUCGUCAAACUGUUAAACCUUCAAGCCGUGUCUUGAAACCUCCUGGUGGUGGUGGUUCUCAAAUUACCUUUGGUUAA